GAGUAUUAUGGAUCGCUAGAUGCACCUUCAAAUCCACAAAAUUCACAGCGGUUUUUUCCUUAUCCGAAUCAAUACAAACAACAAGAUAUAACUAUAGAAUUUACAUAUGAAAAAAAGCUUAUAGAUCAGCUAGACAAGCUUCUUUGGAAAGCUAUAACAAAGGACAAGUGGGAGAUUGUUGUUAAAUUCACGUGGCGUUAUAAUCAGAGGGCACACGAAUUAUGUAGCGAAAUUGGAAAAGCGCUAAAAUUACUCCACGUUAACAAAGAAGUAGUGGAUGGUUUUUAUAUGGUAGUGAUGGAUUAUGUUAAGGCCAAGCCACUUUACAACUGUAGUAGCUCGCUUAGUUAUGAUGAGUGUAAAACGGUUUUCGAGGAUAUCGAAGAAGCUAUCAGCAAAUUGCAUAAGAAAAAUAUCGUCUUUGCUGACCUCUCUGGUGAGGAAGGAAUUGAGUGCUAUCCAUCUUUUAUGAACCAUGAAUAUAUUAAUUGGCCACCAGGAGCUGAGAAUAGGAAGAAACUGAGUCGAGAACAUGAUACACAUUGGUUGAAGUUAUUGAAAUCUAAAUACUUAGCUAAUAGUGUGGAUCUAGAAUGA